AUGGCUUCCCUGGGCACGUUGCCCGUCGAGUUGCUCCAUGUCAUUGCCGAAUGCGUCUCGACAAGGGCCAAUUUCGACAAUGACGACUAUUACAGAUCAAGAUUGAUCCAGAAUGAUUUGGCUGCAUUGGCACGCACCAAUCGACGAUUUCAUCAAGUAUUCAAUCCACUUCUCUAUCGUCGGGAUCGAGAAGACGUAUCGUAUGCCCUUAGCUGGGCAAUAACAAGAUCUUGCUACCCAACACUGGAGAAAGCCUUGUCCUUCGGGUACGACCUCAACAACCAACUCUGCAAUUGCGAUCAUGCCACACGUGUUCUCCCAAUCGACGCCGCACUCAGACAGGAAAGCUAUGGCGUUCUCAAGUGGCUACUAGAGCAUGGGGUCAAUCUAGAUUUUGGUACAGUCGAAGACUUGGAACUUGGGGGCAGCGAAAAGAUUCAACGUGUGAGCGACCACAAUACUUCGGCAUUACAUCAAUUAUUAGAAGAUGACCCCAACGAAGAAGUUGCCCUCAUGCUACUGGAUCAUGGCGCGUGCGUUUACUUCGGCAGGAAAAGCUCAUCCAGCAUCAGCACCGAUGAGAGCCAAGGACUUCUUUAUACCGACACCGCAUUGCACUUGGCUGCGUACGAGGGAGUCCCCAAUGUCGUUGAGCGCCUCAUUGUGGAUGGGGUCAUCAGCGUCGAUUGCAAAGAUUUAAUGGGCUACACAGCGCUUCAUCAAAUUGUCUCAAAAUCUGCUUCUAGAGCGAAUAUCAUCGAGAUGCUUCUACGUCACGGAGCAGAUCCCCAUACAAAGGCUAAUGGAGGUACGAAAGCAAUAAUGACCGCCAUCGAGGAUGGUCACGUGGAAAAUGUGCUUGCCCUGAUUCAAGCCAUGGCAGAUCCAUCGUCCUCAGAUGCCGCUGCUCAACCGUGGUCUCAUCUGUUCCUAUACCUCAUCCUAGAGGGACUCUCUCGUCGCUUGGAAUCCCACGAACCAGCGGAUGAAUUCGAAGACUGGGAAGAAAUCAAAAUGGUCAUUGCCAAGCUCAUCGAGCACGGUGCCGACUUUAACAGACCACCACCGCCGAAUUACAUUCCAGAGGAUGUCUUUGGUAAGUCGAUUCUCCAAGAAUUUCACAAAUUUUGGUUGAAUUUAUUUCAUCAUAAUGUGGUAUCAUGA